AUGACGUUUGUAAAACGUCAUCCAGCAGAUAUCCAUGGCAUUUCCGCGGCCGGUCUCGUUCUUCUCCUCUGCCGCGUUGGUAUUGGGGACAAGAGUCGGGUAAGCAUACGCCCCCCAGGUGCUUUCAAGUACCAGGCCGGGUCAUAACAGUUAACACUACGAAUUCAUCUAGCUGCAGGAAACGGUCGCGUUCCCUCGUGCUUUAUUGGGACCCUGUAAGAUUCCUUAGGUUUGCCGUUAAUCUGAAUGGAAUAAACCAGAGAAGGAAACUGGAUCUAUUUUUACGAUUUCCAAACACUGCGAUUUCUGUCGUUUUAUUUGGACGGUUUACAGGAGAAUCAUAAGUGAUUUUGACUACAACCCUGCAUCACAUUCACACAUAGUGGGUUGUGGUCUUUUUCAGUCGAUGGAGCCAAACCUGAUUCCUAUUUUCCAUGUGUAGGCGAAUAAAGGCCAAGUACACUUUUCUAAUAAUUUUUUGUUUUGUGUGAAUUAACCUGUUUCGGGAAGAAGCUUAAAAUAAAGAGAUUCGAUAGCAAGAAGAAGUUCAUUCACGUGACUUCCCGGAUUUUCACUUGAACCCAUCAACAAAGGCAGUCGCGACUAUUGGUAAGGAACAAACCGCAACACCUGUGUGCUCAUUACCCUUACUUGCUUCUGUUUUCGAUGAUGGGUUUAAGUGGAAAUCCGGCAGGUCGUGUGGAUAGACUUGUUCCGGUGACUGUAUCCCCUCCUGCUCCUCCUCUGGUUAUCAGCAUCAUCACCAUCAGCAUCAUCAUCAUCAUCAGCAGCAGCAUCAUCAUCAUCAUCAUCGCCACCCUCAAUCUUUCUCGUUUUUUUCCCUGUCUUUUAUUUCUAAUCGAAAAAAACGUUUGAGCUACAAAACGAUCACCAGUCCCAGAUUUGCCGUCUUCACUCAUUAAAAGGGAGUUUCAGAACAGCUAUCUCUCUCGUUAACUUUGAAGUUGAAGACACUACUAAAGAUAGAAGCGAACAGGCGAGUUCCAGGUAGCAGUUCAAAAGAUGAAGAUGCGAUCACCGGAACAAGAAAUUUAUUUGCCUGACGUUUCGGAUCCUUACUCGAAUCCAUCAUCAGAGACAUCAGCAGAUAAAGGUGAUUGUGGCACCAGGAGUGCAGUAUUUAUAGCACGUGGCUGCCGUGGGACCGCAUGCGCACUGCAAUUAACAGUUCUCUUAAUCACCGCUGGGGCCGUAAUUGAUGCGGUGGUGGCUUGUCGGUCCGAGUCCGAGUCGUUAAUUGCCGCGAUUUCGUCAUCCGUGCUGGAUGCUGGUGUGACGGUUGCUCGGCAAACUGGCUCACUGUCACCGUGAUGAUUGCUCGCCCACGCCCUCCCCACGUGACUGAUUCUCCUGCCCAGGGAAAAUCGCAGUACGCUAUAUAGGGUACCGGGAGGUCAUUGUGCUUGUUGAUGGAUUGCGGGCCUGAGAACCAUGACUCGAGCAGCUCGCGGCUCACGCGGUUGUCAUCCCUUGCGAGGAUUUCGGCCUCUUGAAAUUUGAAAAUAUGGCCGGGUCCCGUCGAGUGUGCCGCCACUUGAGAGUUAGCGUCUCCCCGCCUCACUGCUGCUGCAUGCUCGGCAAUUCGCGUACGGAGUAAUCUCCCAGUUUCUCCGACAUAAUUGCUUUGUCCGCAACUACACCAGAUCCGGUAAAUGACUCCAAACGCCGCCACUUGAGAGUUAGCGUCUCCCCGCCUCACUGCUGCUGCAUGCUCGGCAAUUCGCGUACGGAGUAAUCUCCCAGUUUCUCCGACAUAAUUGCUUUGUCCGCAACUACACCAGAUCCGGUAAAUGACUCCAAACGUGUCCUGCCGUGGCAGCGGGUCUUUUGGCCUCACGACUUGGCGCCUAAUGGUUGCUUCCGGCCUGUGUGCAACCCCAACUCCAAGUGGAGUGAGAAGACGACUGACGGCUUCCGAGACGUUCUUCACGUACGGAAGAGCCCGCCGAACUUUGGGUCCGGUUGGAUUUGGUCUCUGGUGUCCUUUUCGUAUGCACUGGUUGACAAAGCUGCGCGGGUAACCAUUGGCUCUCAUUACCCGUCGAAGAUAUUGUAGUUCAGCAACCUUGUCUUCCAUUUCACUGCAGUGCGUCUCAACGCCCCGGUAUAGCGCCCUUACGCAAAUGCGUUUGUGACUGAUCGGGUGGUUGCUAUUGAAGUUCAGUAUUUGCGUCGUAUAUGUCGCUUUCCUGAACACUUUGUUUUUUAGACCACCACAAUCUUUGCGGCAGACGAGGACAUCCAGGAAGGCCAGCUGAUUGUUUUCCUCCUCCUCCAUCGUAAAUUCGAUGUCCGGGAAGACGGCGUUGAGUUGUUCUUUGAACGUCAGCACCUGAUCCCGUUCGAUGACUACGAAGGUGUCAUCCACAUACCGAGCCCAAAAUUUCGGUCUGUGGUGUCGGAAAACCAGCGACUCCAGCCGUUGUAG